AUAUAUAUAUAUAUAGAGAGCCACUGGUCUGCCUUGAUGAUCACAAAUUUCAAUUGAAUUUAAUCAAAAUCACAAGAAAAAGCCAGCGAGAGAAAUCAUAAAAAGCAAAAUAAACUACGGAUUUAAUUUCGAGUGCCUUGCCAUGUAUUAGUGUUAGUGACUGUGUUUGUGUGCUUAACUGUGUGUGACCGAGAAACUUAGAUCGGUGGCAAUUUUCCCCCUCCCGCUGGACGCUUUUCAUUGAAACGAACUUCAAAACUGUCGUCGACGUGUCUAGACUCCAGGUGUUAGCUGGGGAAGAUGGGGAAAAUGGUCAACGAGGAAAUGGCCACCGAUCCGGUGGUCACGGAAAAGGUGGAGCUAUCGCGAUUUGGAGAAUUCUGCCAGCGGCGCGGCAUUAAUCCCAAUCUGAUAAUGCUGAAAAUUACGCUCUUCGUGAUGUAUGGCGCUACCUCGUCCCUUUUGCCUUACCUGACGAUUCAUAUGCAGUCAAUUGGACUUACGGUGGAGGAGAUUGCAAUUAUCUACCUGGCCCUGCCCUUCACCACCUUCCUUAGCCCGCCCAUAACAGGCUUUCUCGUUGACAAAUUUGGCAAAUACAAACCGGUCGUUGUGAUGAGUCUGCUCCUGAAUGCGAUUUUCCAUCACUCGCUGCUCUUUAUACCGCAGCAGGAGAUUCCGGGCGUGGUGCCAUCGGCGUUCGUAUUGAGACAUCCAGACAGCGGUGAUAUUGAGGUCUGGUGGUCUCCGUGUCCGAGUCGAGAAUGUCCAGAGGAACCGGAGCUGGAAUUGGCCGUGCAUCAGUGCGUUGACUAUUGUUUGAUGCAGGAGCAAGUUAAUCCUGAGCUUUACACCAAUACCCCGGCGUAUGAUGUCCGUCCGGCUAGCACGUCAACCACCCAGAGAUCCCAGCUAACAACAGCAACCACAACAAGGACGACGACCACAAUGGAACCUUCCACAGAAUCAAGCACAUCGCUGGCCCCAACCACAUCGACCACCAUAUCGCCGGCGUCAUCAUUGCCAGCAUUAUUCGCAACGCAAACGAGAAGCAGAUACCAAGAAGUACUUAAUAUGUCAGCGACCAUGUUCCCGCCAAUGUCCCAGCUAAAGGAGGUGGGCCUGGAGCCCGGCCAGUCAUCGUCAGCCGAACUGUCAGCCAUGUCCAUGCAGGGAUUGAAUUUAACAAAUAGCCAAAUUCAACAAAACAUAACCUGGACCAGUUGGGUUCACUCUGAGAAUGAUGAUGCCACCUACUUCAUGCUACAAAUGCAUCCCGAUCUCGCUGAUCCCACAGAGCAGCUGGGUAUGGAAAUCGAACAGGAUGCCAAUGAGACGGUGACCGAUAUCCUACAAAGAUUUGGUCAUAACUAUCUGGUGAGGGGAAACAUUAACCUCACCGAUAUGGAUGAUCUGGACUUAAGAUGUGGCGGUUUGGUUCGACGCACGAAUAUGACAAAUGUGGGAUCCGGAGCUGUACAAUGCAUGAUGCAACGUUGUACUUUCACUAUGAAUGCACCGGAGAUCUGUCCACCAGAUUAUAAGGAGACCGAUGAGAUCAUUUUCUGGGUGUACUUCUUGCUGAGAUUUCUGGCCACCACGAUGCUGUCAGCCGGUGUAACCAUCAUGGAUCCGAUUGCCCUGACAAUGAUUGAGAAGUAUGGCGGCGAUUUUGGACGUGAACGUUUGUUCUCCAGCAUCGGCAUGGCCAUAUUCUCUCCGAUAACAGGCAUUAUGAUUGAUUACUCUUCGAGGGGCCUGGGCUAUACGGAUUACUCAGCGGCAUUCUAUACGUAUGACGUUCUGUUGGUUAUAUCCACGAUGUCGGUUCUAAUGAUGCCACUUGGCGAGAAACUGCCAGCUGAUAAUGUGUUCCGUGAUCUCUGGAAUCUACUGAAAAUGCCUCAUGUUAUUGCUUUUAUAUGUUUCCUUUUCGUGCUGGGAAAUUUCUGGGGUUUCAUAGAGAGUUUUCUGUUUUUAUAUCUCAAAGAACUUGGUGCUCCAAACUAUUUGCUAGGCAUCACCAUCACCGUGGGCACCGUUAGCAGUAUUCCAUUCCUCUACGGAGCCGAGAAAAUCACACGGAUCUUUGGCCACGUUAAUUUGAUUAUCAUCGCGUUUUUCUCGCAUGCCGGCCGUUUGGUGGGCUACUCCUUCAUCGAGAAUGCCUGGUGGUGUUUUCCGUUCGAGGCCAUGGAGUCGUUAUCCUGUCAUCUUAUGUGGGUGGCUGCGGCGACAUACUGCUCGAUUUUGGCCCCAAAAAGUUUGCUGGCCACGUUGAUUGGUGUUCUGGGCAUGGCUCAUUUUAGUUUGGGGCGCGGCAGUGGUAGUUUCACUGGAGGACUCCUCAUUGGUCAGUUUGGCACUCGAGAUGCCUUUCGGUAUAUGGGUCUGCUGGCUGUGGUCGGUGGCAUUGCCUAUGGGCUACUUCAUCUGAUUUGGCUGCGCAAAUUCGAUCAUACUACAGAGGAGUCCGAGGAAGAGGUCGAGACGGUGGAGGCUGGGGAAACGGAGAAGCUUACAGAGCCGGCCACAAAGGAGCAGGGUACUUCGAUGUCCUUGGAGCGGCUGAGUUUGAUGAUUAAAUACAAUCAGAUUGGUAGUUUGUCAUCGCUGCCGAGGGGAUCAAGGGCCGAUAUCCAUGACCAUCUGUCGGUGCGUCGCAGCAGCUACAAUGUAGAGUCCUUGAGAGGGGUUCCGCGGCACGGGAACAUUGGGAGUGCCUCCAAAGUGGAUAUCCUGCGCUCCGCAUUGGAGAUUAAUCACAAGUCCUCGAACAAUUCGAUGCUGAGCAAGGCCGAUAACAAGACGUCGAAUCAAUCAUUGGGUCGCAAUCGGGCCGACAGUGCCCCGAAAUUGAAUCACAGCAAUCUGAAGAACAUUUCCCAGCCAGCCCUGGAGGGUGUGGUCCUGGAGGGCGUGGAAUCAACAUUUUUUCCCAGCCGCAUGAAAAAGUAUCCAAGUGGUUUGUUAACUUCAAUACCCGCUGUGGAUUUAUCCGUAAUACCCAGCUCCAUGUUAAUGGACCAGGAAGGUCGUAAGGUCAUUCCCGAGGAGACGGAGUUGCAUGCCUCGAAGACCACCGUCAACGUGGGUGAGGUUGAGAAGGCGGAACAGCCACUAACAGUCACAAGCAAAUGGCAAUGGGAAAAGUCCAAAGCAGCAACAGCACCAGAAGAAUGAUGAAAAAUCCGAUGCCACUUGAUGGACUGCCAGAAUGAAUUCUCUGACCUGCCAUACGUGGCGUAUGAGUGAUAUUAAUAAACCAAAAGCAAGAAGCAGAGAGAGAGAGAGAGAAAUGAAAUUGAUAAACGAAAAACUAUUGUUUAGUUGUACAUGUGUGUGUUAUGUUAUAUAAAUGUAUAUGUCUAUGUAUAAAUUAUGCAAAAACCUCCGAAAAACUGAAUAAACCAAAAAUUGUUGUUGAUGAAAACG